AUGGCUUCGAGAUCAUCGACUCAAUGGCUGAUGCCUCUGGCGAGGUCGUCCGUCCGCUGUCGGACUGCUUCCGCAUCCGUCUUUUCGGUUCUGGCUGGCCGACCUGCCAUCGCCACUCGGUCCGGAUGUGAGCCUCAGAAACGGUAUAGCUCUCAUUCCCCGCUGGGGGUGGACCCGGCCAAUCCCCGCAAGAAGGUCACCAUGCAGACGUUACGGAGCCUUUACAAGAAGGGCGAACCGAUUACUAUGCUUACCGCCCAUGACUUCCCAAGUGGGCAUGUUGCUGAGCUAGCGGGAAUGGAUGUGGUUCUAGUCGGAGAUAGCUUGGCCAUGGUCGCGCUCGGGAUGGAGGAUACAAGUGAGAUUCUCAUGGAGGAGAUGUUGCUGCAUUGUCGGAGUGUUGCACGUGCUGUCAAGAGCGCAUUCACGGUCGGAGAUCUUCCCAUGGGCUCCUAUGAAGUUUCCCCCGAACAGGCUGUUCAGUCAGCCAUUCGCAUUGUGAAGGAAGGCCGUGUCCAGGCUGUUAAGCUCGAGGGUGGCGCCGAAAUGGCACCGACGAUUAAGCGUAUCACUCAGGCUGGCAUUCCCGUUGUCGGUCACAUCGGGCUUACACCUCAACGCCAGAACGCCCUCGGAGGAUUCAGGGUCCAGGGCAAAACGACUGCCAGCGCAUUGAAGGUGUUGAAAGAUGCUCUGGCCGUACAGGAAGCUGGAGCAUCCCUCAUUGUGCUCGAGGCAGUGCCCGCCGAGAUCGCCGCCCUCAUCACCAAAAAAUUGCGUAUCCCCACUAUUGGUAUUGGCGCUGGCAACGGCUGUUCUGGGCAAGUCCUGGUCCAGAUCGAUAUGACCGGAAACUUUCCUCCGGGCCGAUUUCUCCCCAAGUUUGUCAAGAAGUAUGCCGACGUCUGGGGAGAGGCCGUCAAGGGCAUCCAACAGUAUCGUGAUGAAGUGAAGAGCCGCGCAUAUCCCUCCCAAGAGUACACCUACCCCAUUGCGAAGGAAGAGUUGGCUGAGUUCGAAAAGGCUGUGGAGCAUGUUCACGAAAAAUAAGGCCCAUUUUUCUCCACUCCGCGUUUCAGUUUCUCCUGCUGCAAGUGCUGAGUGAUCCACACUUUCAAAGCAUUAUAAGUUGUUUCAGUGAUACCUUGAUAUUCAUGUCCAUGUUCGUGAUUCUCAUACAGUGAUAAACGUGCCAGUUCUCUGCGCACAGUUGCAUUCCCAAAUUCUUGUUUCCAGUUAGCCCAAUUUCUGUUUAUAUCAUCUAGCAAGAUUAGCUAGCUGUAAAUAGUCAAGACAGUUGUUGCGUCAACGCACAAGGAUCAUUAAUUAUCAUUACCCGAAAGCAGGCGUCAUGGAGUAUGCAACGAUAAGCUGCUCAUCAGUCUUGAAACA